GUUGCCAGGGGGCUAUUGAACGGCUGGAAAAGGCCCGGGCUCGCUUACGGAAAGUAGAAAUAGAGGCGGAUCAGUUUCGAGUGAAUGGAUACUCUGAGAUAGAACGAGAAAAAUUGAAUUUGAUUAAUUCAACUUAUAAGAUUUGGAACAAUUAGAAAAUUACAAAAUGAAACCAUUUAUUUGAACAACAAAGAGCGAUUAAUCAAGUCCGACAACGGGUUUUACAACAAGCUUUACAAGGAGCUCUAGGAACUCUGAAUAGUUCUUUAAACAACGAGUUACAUUUACGUACCAUUAGCGCUAAUAUUGGCUUGUUUGGGGUGAUGAAAGAAAUAACUGAUUAGCCCUUUUUUUACCUUUUACUUAUUGUAGGCAUUAUUUUUUUUCUUCCAAAAAAAAAUUAGGAAAUAGUCAUGGUAACUAUUAGAGCCGACGAAAUUAGUAAUAUUAUCCGUGAACGUAUUGAGCAAUAUAAUAGAGAAGUAAAGAUUGUAAAUACUGGUACCGUACUUCAAGUGCGCGACGGCAUUGCUUGUAUUCAUGGUCUUGAUGAAGUAAUGGCAGGUGAAUUAGUAGAAUUUGAAGAAGGUACAAUAGGGAUUGCCCUGAACUUGGAAUCAAAUAAUGUUGGUGUUAUAUUAAUGGGUGACGGUUUGAUGAUACAAGAGGGAAGUUCUGUAAAAGCAACAAGAAAAAUUGCUCAGAUACCAGUGAGUGAAGCUUAUUUGGGUCGUGUUAUAAAUGCCCUGGCUAAGCCUAUUGACGGUCGGGGUGAAAUUUCAGCUUAUUUAGUGAGUGAAGCUUAUUUGGGUCGUGUUAUAAAUGCUCGAGAAAAAAAUGAUUAA